GGACAGCAUUUUCAGGUGUACUUACCGUGGGAAAAUAUCAUACCAAAAAAUGUUGCGCAGGGCUCCACCGUUAUCGGCCUGUUGGUGUUCUUUUCCUAUGCAAUCGUCUUAAAUACUGUUGUGCCAAUAUCUCUCUACGUUUCAGUAGAGGUUAUACGUUUCGCCCAAUCAUUUCUAAUCAAUUGGGAUGAGGAAAUGUACUAUGAACCUUCGAAAACUCAUGCCAAAGCACGUACCACCACACUCAACGAGGAGUUGGGACAAAUACAAUAUAUAUUUUCGGAUAAAACCGGUACACUAACACAAAAUAUAAUGACCUUCAAUAAAUGCAGUAUUAAUGGGCGUACCUAUGGUGAUGUAUUCGACCUGCGUACGGGCGAAGUUAUCGAAGUUACAGAUAAGCAAAAAUAUGUACAGAAUAGCAACUUUAAUGUGAGCGGCAGCAAUAGCGCCAAUAAAAGCACGCCGGCACCAACAAUACUAUUGCACACCGCGGAGGUACAUCCGAAGAAGAGCACAAUUAUGGUUUCCAGUCCCGAAGAAGGUGGCUCUGCAGACGUUACCAUUGCACCGGCGAAUUUGACAACCACACAAGACGCUUUAUUGCCCAUGACUGGUACUGUAACUGUUCAGACUGAUUUGGCCAACAGUCCAACGCAAGAAUACGCGCCCCAUAUUUCGGCGUCCAGCAGGCAUCAAGCUCAAUAUGAAGAUAGUUCCAUUGGCAGCUCAACGCCUACGGAAGCUAAAGCGCAGCGAGUAACUUGGCGCCAACGUUCAACAUCGCAGUCACCGACCCGUCGUAUGCGACGUCAAUUGUCGACGCGGUCCAAUGCGAGCGAUAAAGUAAUGACAUUCGGUGAUUCCACACCAUCAACACCGCAUAGGGCACUGAUAAUGUCAUUUGACAACAACAACACAUCUAGCACCACAACUACUACACCCUUAGCAAAAGCCUGCACGAGCACCACGCCGCCACAAUCGCCUGACAUUACAACAAUGCUGCCAUCAUUGACGAUGGCGAUGGCGAUGAGGAAAUCAUCAGUAACAUCCACAUCAACACCUGCAACUACACCCUCAUUGACAUCAGUAACACCAUCGCCAUCAGCACUAUCGUCAUCUUCCCUAUCGUCACUAUCACAAAUCACAACAACAAUGCACUCAGAUACAUUAUCACAGACGAUGGUACUUUUGGGUACGCAGCAACAACAACAAUCUCACACCACCAACGCGGCAAGUCGCACACAAAAGACACCAAACCAAAAAACCAAGAACAAAAGCCUAACAAAAUCGCUUACACCAGAUACAAUUGGCAAAACAUGCUCCAAAAAGCACUGUAUGUCAUGUUGCGCUUGCCAUAGCCAGGAGUUCCAGUCAGCAGAGCAUCCGAAAGGCAGCGCAAAAUCAAAAUUGAAAUCCAACUUGAAAUCGCAAUCGAAAAAAAUGCUUAAGCAAACAUGCGAAAAUUGUACAAAAAAAUGCACUAAUAAAAAUCACACCAAAAACGUACGCAUCAACAACAGCACCACCACAGUAACCGCCACCAAUACCGAUAAUGUAUUUAAUUUCUAUGACACCGGCUGGAGUUCGUCUCACCAAAAAGUGCACGCUCUCGAACCGGUGGACUUUUCGGCGAAUCCCGAAUUCGAACCCGACUUCCGCUGGUACGACAAGACCCUGCUGGAUGCAGUGCGCUCUGACGAAGAGCACACCCAAAAUUUCUUUCGCCUACUUGCGCUGUGUCACACCGUAAUGCCGGAGUAUGUGGAGGGACGACUCGAGUAUCAGGCGCAAAGUCCAGACGAGGCUGCGCUGGUGUCAGCAGCACGAAACUUCGGCUUCGUUUUCCGCUCACGAACGCCAAAUAGUAUAACGAUAGAAGUGAUGGGUAAUCGAGAGGAGUAUGAACUUCUCAACAUUCUAGACUUUAAUAAUGUACGCAAACGUAUGUCGGUGAUAUUGAGGCGGGGCGAUGAUAUUAUACUGUACUGCAAAGGUGCUGAUAAUGUGAUUUACGAUAGGUUAAGCACUAGUCAAAGUGAUAUUAAGGCGCGUACUCAGGAUCAUUUGAAUAAAUUCGCUGGCGAAGGUUUAAGGACACUGGUACUUGCCGAACGACGACUUGACGCAGAUUAUUAUAUGGAUUGGUUACAACGCCAACAAAUAGCAGCUGUUUCAUUAGACGCUCGCGAAGAGAAACUGAACGCCAUGUAUGAGGAGAUCGAAAGUGAAUUGAUUCUGGUGGGUGUGACGGCGAUCGAAGACAAGCUACAGGAUGGUGUACCACAAACGAUAGCCAAUCUACAAAUGGCUGGCUUGAAAAUUUGGGUACUAACAGGCGAUAAACAAGAAACUGCUAUAAAUAUUGGAUAUUCGUGUCAAUUAUUAACCGAUGAAUUGGCUGAUGUGUUCAUUGUGGAUGGCAGUUCACUAGAGGAGGUCGACAAGCAGUUGCGCCAAUUCCGUGAAUCGGUGCGAAUUGUCAAUCGUUUUAGACCCACACCGCUCGAGCCGAAUGUUAAUCUGAAUCUCAAUUUAAAUGGUUCGAAUAAUGCCGAUCGUAAUAGCACAUCUGUGACGUAUGGAACUGGCUUUCGUACGCAGGCCACACCACCGCCGGCGCCAGCGAUAUCUGUUGUUACCUUUAGCGCCGAAUGUAAUGAACUCUAUGACAAUAUCGAGAAGGGUGCUGAUGGCGCGACCACAUUACAUCCGGAUGAAGUAAUCGAAGAGAACACCGGCUUCGCGAUUGUUGUCAACGGACACUCGCUAGUUUACUGCCUCUCACCGGAGUUAGAAUCAAAAUUCUUGGACAUCGCUUCACAGUGCAAAGCAG